AUUUCUAUUUAUUUCAGGUAGCAUCUCUCUGCAAAGAACCUAAAUCGACAUCCAUGGAAGAUAAUAGGAAUUUAAUUAGUUCUGUGAAAAGAAAAUGUAAAGAAGGUCAACAAAAAGUCAAAACUCAUAAACAUAAAGCCACUUCACAUUCUUCUGCUUCAACUUCAACUCAAACUGAUCCUAAACCAAAGAUUAAGACGGUGGAGUUGGAUAGGAAAAAGAUGGUUCCUAAAAAGCCUAGAAGUGUUAAAUCUAAGGAGAAGGAAGUGAAAUCUAAUCAUCCCACAAAGGCUGAGAGUCGUAGCAAUAAACGUAAGGGGAGUAAGAGGACAAGGAUGAAUGACCUUUAUGAUGAUGUUGAAGCUAAAUACUCUGUUUUGGAGCGAGCGGAAAGGGUUUUAUCAAGCCUAGCAGAUGAAUUUCCCAGCUUUGGAAAGUGUAUGCUCCCUUCAAAUGUUGCUCAUGGAUUUUGGCUGCAUCUUCCAAAGUCAUUCUGCAACGUGCAUUUACCCAGUCAUGAUACCACUGUCAUUUUGGUUGAUGAAUGGGGCAAUGAGUACAAGACAAGUUAUCUUCUAGAAAGGAAUGGCUUAAGUGCUGGUUGGAGAGGAUUUUCCAUCUCUCACAGACUCAUUAAAGGAGAUAUUUUGAUUUUUCGCUUGAUUGAGCCUUGCAAAAUGAAGGUCUAUAUAGUCAGAGUAAGUGGCCGAGACGUAGUAGAUGCAGCUCUUUGCCUCAUGAAUUUGGAUACUUUGAAGAAAUCAAUGGAGUUUGAUCUUGUACAGAAAGAUAAUGGGAAGCGAAAAAAAGCAAAGCGUUUGGCGGAGCCUUCUUUCUUCGAUUUAUCAAAACCAAAAGAGCAUGUUCAGAAUGACAGCCAUAGUGCUGUUGAUUUAAAUGUUUCACCUUCAGAGCACCGAUCUGAAAAUAACAGUGAAGAUUUGGGUUCCGAGGUUCUAGAAGGUUCGGAUGUUACCAACCGCUUGCAAGCUAGUGAAAUAUGCUUCUCCGGGACAUCAUUUUUACAUGAUAAUCCUCAAAAGAGCAUAUCUUGUAGGUAGAUUGCGGAGGACUCUGACCAUUCGUUUGAACUAACAAGUUCUAUCAUGAGAAGCUCUGUAGAAAUACAACAAACACAACUUGUAGGUUUUUGCGCUGAAGCACUUGAUGAAUAUAUAUGUGGCAAAGGACUGGAAUGAAGCAGAAGUUGACUCCUCAAAGUGAAGAUCUUUUUUGGAUGUAUAAUGCUUUUGACCUUAUAACUUAAAAUGAGUUUUGUCUAUUACAAAAAAAAAACUUAAUACCUUGUCCUAUAGGCUUGAAAGAUGUAAUUUUGAGAUGAUAGCAUAUGAUAUGUACACUUUUGAUAUUUGUACAUAGACGCACACAGGGAUGUAGUUGCAUAUCGCACAAUACUGAUCAAUGAAUUUCUUUUAUUCAUUUGAAAAUUACAAA